UUCUUUGUGUGUUUUAAACCAAUCAAUGUGACAAUUACUAUCCUAGUUUAUCCUAUUCAAUCCACAAGCGCGCACAUAAUCUAUGGCAGAUCAUUAUGUUACAUCGGAAAACAUAAAAAGAAAAGGAAUUAGGACUAAAUCUUGUAAAUCGUUUUAUCUAUGAAACGGAUUUGCGACCAGGAUAUUUUGCGUUUACUCACUUGAAGAUAAUAACAUUCAUAUUCGAUUCCCGUGCACAAUUUUCGCAAUGAGAAAUGGCUCGGAUUUUACCAUUUGCGCGUUUGGGAGUGUCUGUGUGUUCCGUACUCAGGAAUGUUAUUUUAUGUUGUUGAAACUGUAACUAUUUACAAGGACUAAAAUGCAAGCUCUUUUGGUGAAACAGCGAGCUAGGAUGGCGAAUAUUGCUCAGUACAGUGUCACUCAGCAGAAGAUGUCCACAAUGGCGUCACUGGAGAACGGGUGGGACGAGCAUUUCGCGUUCAACGUGCCACGUGACGACCGCACACGUGCCUCGAAGUUGAGCUCGCGGAACGGACGCGCGAGCCCCACGCACAGCGCCCACGGGAACCUUAUACGCCACAGCAUCCUCAAGGUCAUCGAGGACAAGAAGGCGAAGAAAGUCCGUUUCUAUAGAAACGGGGACCGGUUCUUUAAAGGAAUGGUGUACGCGGUGUCGCCGGAGCGAUUUCGGACGUUUGAGUCUUUGAUGGCAAACCUGACUGAGAGUCCUAUAGGGGACAAAAAUAUUCUUCCAAACGGUGUAAGGCACAUAUUUUCCAUAGAUGGGUCCCGAAAGGUGACGAGACUCGAGGACUUGGAGGAAGGGGAGAGCUAUGUCUGUGCCUCUACGGAUGUUUUCCGGCGAGCCGAGUACGACAACACUGUGUCCCCCGCGUGGAAUUCAAACGCCUUGAACAAGUCCAAAUCUCGAGAAACCUCGUCAAUCAGUACGAGAGGACCACAAGACUAUCUGUCAGCGAGAGACACGGACGCAGACGAAAACAGGGACUUUAUACGACCGAAGCUUGUGACUAUCAUCAGAAACGGUUCGAAGCCCCGAAAGGCGGUACGCGUUCUCCUGAACCGGAAGACGGCGCAUUCGUUUGAUCAAGUGCUGACGGAUAUAACAGACGCAAUAAAGCUAGACUCGGGGUCGGUAAAGCGCAUCUUCACUUUAGAUGGGCGACCGGUUUCAACGUUAUCAGAUUUUUUCCUGGACGAGACGAUCUUUGUGGCAUACGGCCCUGAGAGGUACUUCAAUGACGACUUCGAUCUCGACGAAAAUGAGGUGAAAUACGUGACGCCAUAUAAACCCCGCCCGCAGACGGAAAGAGUGACGUUACGUUCGGCAAGUAGACGCUCGGCGUCGUCGAAAAACCUCACAGAAGAUGCCGGUUACCUAAGUCCGCGAAGUUCGCCUAAAACUCCAAGGAAAGUUCGAGCUGUUUCAGCGCCGAAGUACAGAGUAUUUAAUGGUCCAAAUGGAGAGGAGUUUGAAGGUGGCCCUCCAACUCUGGCCCAGACUUACGAUAUCGGCAGGAAGAUAGGGGAAGGCAACUUUUCAAUAGUAAAAGAGUGCAUCCACAAGCGAACAAACAAAAGAUACGCACUGAAGAUUAUUGAAAAGGAGAAAUGCAGAGGGAAGGAGCAAAUGAUUCAGAACGAGGUUGCCAUUCUGAAGCAGGUAAAGCACCCGAACAUCGUGGAGCUGGUCGAGGAGUUCGACUCCCAUACGGAACUCUUCCUGGUCAUGGAACUCGUCAAGGGCGGUGAUCUAUUUGAUGCAAUUUCCAUGUCAACCAAGUACACGGAAAAGGACGCAUGCGCAAUGGUGGGCAAUCUAGCCUGCGCACUGGAAUAUCUCCACGGCAAUAGUAUUGUUCACAGAGACAUCAAACCGGAAAAUCUACUCGUGUGUGAUCAUGGCGACGGCAAUAAGUCCCUGAAACUUGGAGACUUCGGCCUGGCGACGUACUGCACGGAGCGCCUGUAUGUCGUAUGCGGUACCCCUACGUACGUGGCGCCGGAAAUACUGAAAGAGACCGGAUACGGUUGUCAGAUAGACGUGUGGGCCGCGGGCGUCAUUAUGUACAUUCUCCUGUGUGGCUUUCCACCUUUCUCGAGUGCCAAGAACGACAAUGAAGAACUGUUUGACGCCAUCUUGGAGAAGAAAGUUGAAUUUCCGGCUGCAUACUGGGACAAUAUCUCGUCUGAUGCUAAGGAGCUCAUCAAAGGAAUGCUGAAGAAGAAUCCGGAUGAACGGAUGACCGCUCACCAGGUUACGGUGCACAACUGGGUCACAGCAGAAAAAGCGUCCGAGAAAGACAUUCACAUUGCAAUCGCCUCCGAGAUCAAGUCUCACUUCAACCGGAAGCCUAAGCCCUCCAUGAGUUCCGCUGGUAUCCGUCUCGUUGCGACCACGGCCCUCGAUAAACAGUCGCGCUUUUUCGAAGGCCGGAAGCAGGCAAAAUUGACACUUCCGGUUGAGUCGAUUGCUUCGGGUCAAGGUGACAUCAAGCAGGAAGUUUUCUAA